UCAUUAAGUGAUGAGGAGAACAAAAGAAUAUUUGGAAAAUGCAACAAUCCUAAUGGCCAUGGUCAUAACUACACAGUUGAAGUGACAGUUCGUGGAAAGAUUGACAGAAGCACAGGAAUGGUAAUGAACCUUACUGAUCUGAAGGAGUAUAUCGAGGAGGCCAUCAUGAAACCUCUUGACCAUAAAAAUCUGGAUCUGGAUGUGCCGUAUUUUGCUGAUGUUGUCAGCACCACAGAAAACCUGUCAGUGUUUAUUUGGGACAGUAUGGUGAAGCUUCUCCCGCCCGACAGCCUGUAUGAGAUCAAAAUAUAUGAAACGGACAAAAAUAUUGUGGUGUACAGAGGUGAAUAGAGUAUGAGAAGCUUGUGUUCAUGCGGCGACUCUCAGUACAGCAGCGAACAGUGAUUGAUUUCAAGAAAGUAUAUUAGGUGAGAGCGGCACCUGCUGCGUUUCACUACACAAUGGGAUUAAUGUAAGUCACUGGGAAUUUGGCUCAGCUGUCCAGCAUGCGAGAGACUGAUCCUAUUACACAGAGAUUACACACACGCACACACAAAAUCUUUUUCCAAAUUAAUUAGCAGCCUUCCCCUCAGCGCCCGUCGU